AUGUGGCUCUUUGGUGGUCCCAGGCCGUCUUUAGUCUGCGUCCUGAUGAUGGUUUCUCUGGUGUGCGUGAUGGCACAGACCCACGCCUCCCCUGGUUCUGGCUCCGGGGUGAUCCACGACUUACGGGCCGCUCUGGGGGACCUAGCCGGGGAGGGUCGCUCCUACCUGGGCAAGCUGGCAGGGGAACAGACGCUGAUCUCGGUUCAAAAGGCUUUUGCAAAUGUUUUUAAAGUUAUCGCAGAAAACGUGGCCAGUGGACUGAACGUGGUCCUGCAGUAUGUUUCACACCUGUUCAAAACGGCCGGAGUAAAUGUGACUCUCCCAGCCCGCGUGACCCCGUCGGGCGUGAUCUUCGUGGUGCAGUGGGUGCUGGUGGCGCUCCUCACGUACUGGAUCAUCUCCCUGACCUUCCAGCUGGUCGCCUCCACCCUCAGGCGCGCGCUGUGGCUGCUCAAGGUCUGCGUGGCCUUGUUCUUCUUCGUGCUCAUCCUCCGGGACCACAGCGUCGGCACCGAGUCCAUGGCCAUCCGGCUGUCGGUGCUGGUGCUGGUGUGCGUCCUGUUCGGCGUGGGCGCGACGGGAGGGUCCGCCGGGGCAGCCGAUAAGACCGCCGACCUCGAGGAGCAGGUGAAGAUUCUGGAGAGGAGGUUGAAAGACAUGGAGCGAUGGAGGAAGAUAGACGAGUAA